AUGACGACGUUUUUGCGCCUGCAGCUGCUAGUGCAAGCUAUAACCGAGACUCUACACCCAGUUGGCUUCAGCUGGUCUCGAGGGCCACUGAACACACUAUUGAGCCGGUUGCCACUGCCUGUGUCCGUUCUUGACGGCGGUGCAACGGAUGUCGGUAUCUACAAUUCAAUGCAGUACGACUGGUUAGCCAAUGACGGAUCUCUGGUCUCUGUCUUCCGUGUCGGACGUCUGGACGGAGCUGCUGGCCUGUGGAGCAUUCUGAUCUGUGGGAACACCGGCGCACAGUACGCUUUCUCACUGGGUUUCCGCUCGCUAGCAGAAUCUUCCAUCGGCCUCUGCAAUCUGUCGGACGACAGUACCCACGUGGCCGCUAUAGCGCCCGCGGCACCAACAGCCGACGACAACCGUGACGUCACUUCCGCCCCCACAGACCUCGCGGCCUCCGCGAUCGCUGCCCAGACAACCGAUUCCACAAUCGCCAGGAAGAUCGCCGACGGAUUCGCGACCCCUGCGGAUAUCGGGAAUGACAACUGUGAGUACGUACAGUACAUCAUGUUGGUGAAUACCCACUGUCCUCGCAGCAGCUACAGCCUCUUCAUUCAGAAGCAGUCAGCCAAUCCCAUCAUCGUCGGGUCACAUCGUACAAUUAAAGAGCUGCAAGUCUUGAGGAGCUCGAUGCCUUCCCAAAUGUUCCUCCUGAACUUUGAAUGGUCUUGGGCGUGUGACUCCCAGGUGUGGGUGGGAAUGCUGUACUUCACCAGUGAGGCCUUGAGGGCAUCUCUGAAGCACUUCCUUUGUCCACCUGGGGUUCGCCUGCCGUUUCGGAGAACGGAUGGAGCAGCUGGUUGGGUCCUAAAGAACUGGAGAAUAGCCAGCGUUGUCCCAUUGGAUAAGAAGGGUAGCAGGGAUGCCUGUUGGGAAGGUCCACCACCACCUCGUGGAUGUGAAGUCUUUGUAGGAAAAAUUCCACGAGACAUGUAUGAAGAUGAAUUGGUACCUGUGUUCCAACGAGCAGGGAAAAUUUAUGAGUUUAGACUGAUGAUGCAAUUCAGUGGUGAGAAUAGAGGUUAUGCUUUUGUAAUGUACACUACAAGAGAAGAAGCCCAGAAUGCAAUCAAAAUGCUUAACAAUUAUGAAAUUCGACCUGGAAAAUUUAUUGGUGUUUGUGUUAGCUUGGAUAACUGCAGAUUGUUCAUUGGUGCAAUUCCAAAAGAGAAAAAAAAGGAAGAAAUCCUUGAAGAGAUGAAGAAGGUUACUGAAGGUGUCGUUGAUGUUAUUGUCUACCCCAGUGCCACUGACAAGACAAAGAAUCGUGGAUUUGCAUUUGUGGAAUAUGAAUCUCAUAGAGCUGCUGCAAUGGCAAGACGGAAACUAAUUCCAGGUACUUUUCAAUUGUGGGGGCAUACCAUUCAGGUGGAUUGGGCAGACCCUGAAAAAGAAGUGGAUGAGGAAACUAUGCAAAAGGUUAAGGUACUCUAUGUCCGAAACCUGAUGAUAUCCACAACAGAAGAGACUAUCAAAAUGGAAUUCAACAAAAUUAAGCCUGGAGCAGUUGAACGAGUAAAAAAGCUCAGAGACUAUGCAUUUGUGCAUUUUUUUGACAGAGAUGAUGCAGUUACAGCUAUGAAUAUUAUGAAUGGAAAGUGUAUAGAUGGUGCUAGCAUUGAAGUCACCCUUGCAAAGCCAGUUAAUAAAGAUGGCUCUUGGAAGUACACUCAAGGUAGUCAAGUCAAUAUUAAUUGUGAAAAUCAAUGACUAACAUUUACCAACAAGGAAGAUGGGAUAGCAAAAACCCCAGGAAGGUCACCAAGCUUACCGGCACGUCUGAAUGGUCACCAUAGCCCAUGCUCACCUGAACUGGAGAGAUGCACAUAUCCUUUAUUCCCUGGAAUAAAGCUUACACCUUUGAGUAUUUAUUCAUUGAAGCCUAGCCAUUUUCAGUCCUCAGUUACACACUUGGAAUAUUAUUGCAACAAAAAUAAUUGGGCGCCACCAGAGUACUACCUAUACUCAACAACAAGUCAGGAUGGGAAACAACUGCUUGUUUAUAAAGUGGUUAUUCCCUCCCUUGCGAACAGUUCACAAGGUACACUGAGCCAUUUCAUGCCUGAUAAGCUCUGCACAAUGCUGGAAGAUGCUAAGGAACUAGCUGCACAAUAUGCACUAACACAUUUAGGUUAG